UUAGGAUUGAUUUUUAAACAUAAGAUAGAAAUAAUAGUUCUCUUUAAUGUAGCUGAGUAGAUUUUUGUUCGAAAAUUUACUUCUGCAUAGAAACGUUUUGAGUGAAAGCAUAAAACUCUUUACUUACCUCGAGAUUUAGUAAAGAAUAAGGAUUAAGUCGUAACGAAAUUCAAGACAAAAAUCCUAAUAAUCAUUUUAUUCUCUCAUUUCGUUUAUGAAACACAAGAGUUUAUUUUAUAGUGAGUGUGAUAUGCAUAAAUUAUAGAAGCGCCCAUAUUGUCAAUAAUGUUCUCUUUUGUUAAAUACAUAACUUUUACACUUUUUAUCAUUAUCAACUACAAUUUAACAUAUGGUCGGAUAGGAUAUUUCAAUCAAUUUAAACGAUUUGAUACUGGUCUUUUAUCAGAAGGCUUACCAAUGUGGCUAGAAAAACGUCAGGAAUUUGAAGUUCCCUAUGGCUAUGAUAGUAUUUCAAGGGCACUGAAAGAUCGUAGUAAUUUGGAACUCGAUGAAAUAAACCGAAUUAUCAGUUACAGCAAUAUUAACCAUCCUUUCAUGGAAUUUUUUGAUAGUAAAUUAAAUCCAAGUGUUUAUUCUGAUGAUAUAAUAAAUCGUGAUAUGAGAGCUAAACCUGCUUUUGAAGCGAUAAAUGGUCUACAAACUAAUGGAUUACGAUCUUAUAUGAAUUGGCAACCAGCAGUCAUCGGUUCAGUCUGUGCAGCAUUGGGUGUAUUGGUGAUAGCAGCAAUAGGUACAGCCUAUCAGAAACGUAAACUAUGGAAGCAAUCCCGCUUGAGUCAAGAUGAAGAAUUUACAUUAGAGAAUUCAAAUUUACCAGACAAGAUGCUGUCACUUAGUUCGGAGGAUGAUCGUAAACUUGCACAGUCAGCACAGAUGUAUCACUAUCAACAUCAAAAGCAACAAAUGUUAGCGCUAGAAAAAGUUAAUGAUCAUACUAGAAUAAGUGAUGAAGAUGACAGUGAAGAUGAUGUGGAUGAUGGAGAUUUUACAGUUUAUGAAUGUCCAGGGCUCGCUAAUACUGGUGAAAUCGAAGUCGAAAAUCCUUUCUUUGAUAGUGAUAGUAAUAAAAAGAAUAAUAACGAUAAUAAUAAUAAUGGUGGAGAGAAAGCGUUGAAUACGAGUGGCAGCUCAGGUGAAUUGAUUGGUUGCAGUGAUUUAGAUGAACACAUUAUCGACUGUGUCAAUAAUGGAUUUGCCGAUGACUUCAGUAAUCUAACAACAAAUACCACCACCAGCGGAGAAGCAACAUUGACCACUACAACUACAACCACUGUACCAACACCGAUACAAUCAGAGAAAUCACAGGCAGCUAGUAAGUAAGUUGUUGUGGACCGAGAAUUAAAGCAACUCCAAUAUUUAAUGCUAAUCAUUAUUUCCAUUGUGUUUAUACAUGUUGUCUGUCAAAGUGAUUUGUGUAACAGAUUAGAUUAUCUUUUGGAAUUGAACAAUCAUUCAUAUCAUUUUCCAACAUAAUAAAUAGUAUCAUUGGUCGUUUGUAAUGUCAUCCAAUAUACACUGAAGUCUUUGAAGUACAUUUGAAGUAUGAUAAAGUACAUAAUUUCCUUGUAAUAGAUUUACCCGGAGACGUUAUUUUUCCCUUCAGGAUACAAACUUUUCCUAUAUUUAUACAUCAUAAUAUGAGGUUUUUAUCAUUUCAUUUUCUGUUAGAGAUAACAACUUACUAAACAUGUCAAUAAAAUUUCGUUUUUAUCAAAAGUCAUACAUUUUCAGACAAUAAAUAUUCAAAGUUUACUGAAAAUUUAUUCAUUCCAAAGUACUCGUCGAAAAGCCAGUUAUUUUUCUAAAUUUUGAAUACUAUACUAAAUACAUCACCCUUACAUUGUGCUGUUUGUUUAUUGGUUCAUCUUUGCUUACAUCACUUUUCGUUAAUGUUCUUAUGUGUACAUGUGUGCAUCUCCGUGUGGAUUCUUGUUUGUUAUAAGUAGUAAUAUGUUGUUCGAUUUAAUUCGUCUUGUCUUUUCAAACUAGUUUUUGCUACCAUGAAAUUGUAUGUCUCGCGUAAUCAUUAGUUGACUGUUAUUUCUCAAAUAAAACAAAUGAUUCCAUAGGA